UCCAUCACUGUCACGGGACAGUUCGUAAUUUGGUGAAAUAAAGAAAAAAACCCUAAUUACCCUUCGUUCGCCGUCGGCUACUUUUGAUGGCGGACCAAUCGUCGGACACCGUUAACAAACUUUCGUCGGAAAUGGAGACUGUUUCCGUUUCAACAACUCAGGCACCUUCUUCUUCCUCCGCUGGAUUACAGAUGAGUGAAGAGGUUGAGAAGAGAUACAGAAUUGUUAGGAGCAUUGGUGAGGAAUGCAUACAGGAGGAAGAGCUUAAGAAUCUUCUUGCUAAGAAGGCUGCUCCCAUUUGCUAUGAUGGGUUUGAACCAUCUGGAAGGAUGCACAUUGCUCAGGGAGUGAUGAAGGUCAUUAAUGUGAACAAAAUGACUUCAGCGGGUUGCAGAGUGAAAAUUUGGAUUGCUGAUUGGUUUGCUCAGUUGAACAACAAAAUGGGCGGCGACUUGAAGAAAAUCAGAGUGGUUGGAGAAUACUUCCAAGAGAUAUGGAAGGCUGCUGGGAUGGACAAUGACAAAGUUGAGUUUUUGUGGUCGUCUGAGGAAAUUAAUUCCAAGGCCGAUAAGUACUGGCCUCUUGUGAUGGACAUUGCUCGCAAAAACAAGCUCCCUAGAAUCUUAAGGUGUGUGCAGAUCAUGGGACGUAGUGAGACUGAUGAACUGAGUGCUGCUCAGAUCCUUUACCCAUGCAUGCAAUGUGCAGAUAUAUUUUUCCUCGAGGCUGAUAUUUGCCAGCUUGGGAUGGAUCAAAGAAAAGUAAACGUACUUGCGAGAGAAUACUGUGAUGACAUAAAGAGGAAAAACAAACCGAUAAUCUUAUCGCACCAUAUGCUUCCUGGUCUCCAACAAGGGCAAGAAAAAAUGUCCAAAAGUGAUCCAUUAUCUGCCAUCUUUAUGGAAGAUGAGGAGGCUGAAGUUAAUGUGAAGAUCAAGAAAGCUUACUGCCCUCCAAAAAUUGUGCAAGGCAACCCAUGCCUUGAAUACAUCAAAUACAUCAUUCUGCCAUGGUUUGAUGAGUUCACAGUUGAGCGUAAUGAAGAAUAUGGCGGCAACAAGACCUACAAAAGCUUUGAAGAGAUUGCUACUGAAUAUGAAAGCGGUGAGUUGCACCCCGGGGAUCUGAAGAAAGGCCUGAUGAACUCGUUGAACAAGAUUUUGCAACCUGUUCGUGAUCAUUUCAAAACAGACGCACGCGCCAAGAACCUGCUCAAACAGAUCAAGGCUUACAGAGUCACCAGAUAAACAAAUUACAGAGCCAGAAUGCGUCAUUGUUUCAAGUUUCAACAAAGCUUUCUCUCACUUUUUAUGAAACUUACUAGUUACUAUUUACCAAAACACAUUGUAAAACUCCUUGGAUUUGGAGUAAUAUCAAAUGCUACUACUGCUAGUUUACCCAACAAACAUCUUUAUCAAAAGAAAUAUAUUAGUCAAUAAAUAGAUAAUUUACUUUA